CUCUUCCCGUCCGACCGUACCGCCACCUGCCGGUUUCCGCAUGCGGCCCGUCGAACAUACGACCGCGGCGGCAGUUUUGCGUAACAUAACCAUCGGCGGAGGAGUGCGCCGUUGCCGUGUUCCACUCUCAAUGUUAUAAAUAAAAAUAAAAACGCGCCGUGCUCGACACAUUGUUUUCCCGCGCGGCCAGUGUUGUGUCCGUUGCCAGACCCGACCACAGCUGGCAUGAUGUGCAUGGUUUUCGACGCCCGCCAACGACGACAAGCUACAAACGUGACCGAACGUGCCGUUACCUUCAAAUCACAUAGAAACAAUCACCUACACGACGACCACGGGAACCGCCGCCCGCAGUUGAAAAAGUUGUUUUACUCUACCGCAGCCAUAUACACGCGGAUACGACCAUGCCCCGUGGAAAGCGCAGGCCACACAAGACCGCUAUGGAUGCACUAGCUGGAAAAGGUCGUGAUUUAGACAUGUCAGAUGAUGAAUCAUAUAAUGAUAAUGCGAGUGUAAUCAGUAAUAUAUCUUGUAGCACAUCUAAUGAAGAACGAUCAUGUGUUGCUACUGAAGAUACUGAUGAGUCUCAGAAUGAUGCAUUUGAAGAAAAACUAAGUGAUGCAAUUGAUGGUCUAUCACAAAAAUCUGCACAAGGACGUACACUAAGUUUUGAAGCUGUUUGUAACAUAUUUUGUAAGAAAUACAUACCCGAUUAUAUUUUAAAUAGGCGUAUGACAAUUGCUGAUUCUAUUGAACGUGCACUUAAAAAAGGUGGUGAUAAUGAAAAAGCAGCAGCUGCAAAUUUAGCCAGUUUAUUAUGUAUACAAUUGGGUGCAAUAGAUGUUGCAGAAGAAACAUGUCAAGAACUAUUAUCUACACUAAUGUUUGUUGCUAAUGAUGAAUCUGUUCCUUUAUUGGCUAGAGAAAAAUGCUGUUUAGCCAUUGCAUUACUAUCUUUUAUUAGUUGCAAUGAAGAAAUUGAUGUGGCUAUGCAAUUAAUGCAUAAUUUAUGGAGCCGUUUAUUACAUUCAGCCACUAUUCCACCAGCAAAAGCUGUAUUAUAUUCAUCAGCUUUAUCUUCUUGGUCUUUGCUAUUAUCUACAGUAUCAAUAAGAAACUCUACUAUUAUUCCUACUUUAGCAGAUUUAAGUACUCUUUUAGAUUCUACAUAUCUAGAAGUAAGAAUGGUUACUGGAGAACUAAUUACAAUUAUACUGGAAAUGGCUCGUGAAUGUGAAGAUAUGGAUGAGUAUGAGCCUGAUGAAGAAUUUAUUAAUAAAUUACGUGAUUUGGCAACAGAUUCACAAAAGUAUCGAGCUAAAAAAGAUAGAAAAACUCAAAGAUCAAAUUUCAGACAAAUUCUUCAUUAUGUAGAAUUGGAUGAACCUCCAAAUAUUCAAAUACGUUUUGGUCAAGAAAUAUUAACAAUGAACUCAUGGACAAAAAAAAAGCAAUAUGAUGUAUUGUGUCAGGCAUUGGGAUCUGGAAUGAAUAUGCAUAUGACUGAAAAUGAUCUAGUUAGAGAUAUAUUAAGCCUUGGUCCUAAAUUAUGUCAAACAAAACUUUUGAGUAAUAAACAAUCAAAACUCGAGAGGCAACAAAUUAAUGCUGCCAACUUCAAGGUACGCACAAAAACUAGAGGAAAAGUACGAGAUAAAAGAAUAGCUUUAAUUGAUUAGAGAGUAGUAUAAUAAUAAAAAAUUAAAUAAUAUACUCGUGAUAAAUAUUAUUGUUAGUCUUAAUAUUAUUUUUAGUUCUAAAAAUGUAUAUGUAUUGUGAUAUAUGUAUUUUUUAAUAAUUUGGGUGUCUUUUUCUUUUUUUUGUCUGUUAAUAUCUAAAAUCUUAAAUCUUAAUGGGACUUUCAUAUCUUUACUAAAAAUUUAAUAUUACAUUAUAAUUUAUUCAAAAUCUUGUUCUUCUAAAAUAUUAUUCUAAUACUGCUAUAAUAACAAUGUUGGUGCCUGUUGUACUACUAAUUACAAUUUGUAACUUAUAACUGCCAUUUAUGAUAUUGUAUUGAGACUGAAAAUAUAUAAAUAAUUGUAAAAAAAAAAAAAAUCUCAAUCAAGAAUAAUUUUCUUUUUUCUAUAUU